CUUCGAAUUCGCGGAUGAGAGCUUCCGAGUGUGCACGUGGCUCUAUCGAAGGCGUGCCUAUGGAUUGUCAAGAGCGUGGGCUUUGAUUACUGCGAUUCGCACGUGCAAUGGGGUUCAACUCCGCGCUUCGAAAUGCCCCUCUACAUGUGACUACGACUUGGGAACAUGGCUCUCACCGACGGCGAUGAAUCGCUUCUUGGAAGCGGUUGUCGAGAACAUAUAGCACUUUGACGUUCGGGUGACGUAACCUCGCUCACAGGCUUUAAAAGUUCAACUCGCGUUGACCGAUGCAUCUCUUAUCGCCAUCUGAACCACAUUCAAUUUGAUACAGCCACCAUGAGAGCAAUUGGUGUUGAAAAGUACGGUCCUGUCGAUCACCUCGAGGCAAGAGAAGUCCCGAAGCCGUCCGAUCUUCAACCCCGGGAUCUUCUGGUCCGGAUCAAAGGAGUCUCCGUCAACCCGGUGGACACGAAAGUGAGGAACGGGACGUAUGAUGACUACCCAGACUACUAUGACAACGUCCCUCGACCGUUCCAGAUUGCCGGAUACGAUGCUGCAGGCGUCGUAGAAGCAGUUGGAUCAGAGUGCUCUUACUUCAAAGUCGGUGAUGAGGUCUUUUACUCGGGAAGCCCCAUCAGGCAGGGUUCCAAUGCAGAAUAUCAACUGGUGGACGAAAGGAGUGUGGGACGCAAACCAAAGCGACUUGACUUCGUCGAAGCCGCUGUCAUGCCUUUGACUUAUAUCACUGCCUACGAGGCGCUUGUUGAGAGACUGGGCAUCAAGAAAGGUGAAAAGACAGCACUUUUCAUAAUCAACGGUGCUGGUGGAGUCGGCGCUGUCGCUAUUCAGAUUGCACGCGUUUUGCUCGAGAUUCCCGUGGUCGUCACGACAGCCUCGCGGCCGGAGACAAUUGACUUUGCUAAAAAGAUGGGUGCUACGCACGUCGUCAACCAUCGAGAGGACGUCCCGAAGCAAAUCGCGGAGCUGAACCUUGACCUACCGUUGAAGUACAUCUUCAUCACCCAUUCCACGGACCAGUAUAUGGACACGUGCGCCAAGAUCUGUGCCCCUUUCGGUAAAGUCUGUUCGAUUGUGCAAGGUCAAGCGAAGAUGUAUGGAACCGAGUUCAUGUCCAAGUCUCUGACGUUCGUCUGGUGUCUCCUUGGCACGAAACCGUAUCACAAGGUGGAUGUUGACUCGCACCAUCGCAUUCUGGAGGAGCUCUCGGAAUUGAUUGAUUCUGGGAAAAUCAAGUGUCACUUAACCAAGCGUCUGAAGCUGACUCUCGAAGGUGUUAAGAAAGGACACGAGCUUCUCGAAUCCGGCGGGAGCAUAGGCAAAAUGGGAUUGGGACCGGACGAGGCAGGGCCCGGGGAACCAUUUUCCUAAGUUCUUGGCUUCGGGAUAGUGCUUGUAGAGGUAGACAUUAGUUUAUGAAACAGACAGGAUCAUAGUUCC